CUUGUGUUUAACUGGAGGGAGAGUCACAUUUCAUCAAACAGACUAAAUUAUUAUUUACUCAUUCUGAGCUAUAGAUAAAAGGGCACAGCACGGAUCCACUCUCUCGCACACACACACACACACACUGAGAAACGGUCAUGGCAAAACAUCUGGAUCUCUGUCUAUAUCUGCUAUCAUUCACCUUCUGCUUUUCCAACUCACAUGUGGUUGAUUGGACCUAUCAAGGUAAGAUACAGUAGCAGAAAUAAAUUGCAAAAUAUAUUCUAAGGGAGGUUAACGGACUACCCGCUCUUUUUGGACUAUAACGGUGACACAGGGGUAGCCAAGCUUGACCCUCCAGCUGUUGUAGUCUAAAUAUUUCAGAAAUCCAGUUUGGACUCCAUUACUCUAAAACACGGUUCUAUAAAAACUCUGGCCCUCCAGAUGUUGCUGAACUACAACUCCCAUGAUUCUUUAAAUGAAAUAGAUAGCCAGAGAAUCAUAGGUGAUGUAGUUCAGGAACAUCAGGGAGGCAAGAGUUUGGAGAACCCCGCACUAUAGAAGGUAGGUGCCCAAAAAUAGAAGGUUAACGAUGUUGCUUUUGUUAAUUUUUAUAUUUUAUAUAGAUAUGAAUGUCAUAGGGCAUUGUGAUGGAAUAUUUUUGAGUCAUCACACUGCCUUUAACAUUAACCCAUCCUUAACAUGCAAGUAUGUGAGGAAAGUUCAGAGUGAUUCUACUUAAAUGGUAACCAGAAUUUCUUUUAAUUGGGAAUGUUAUUGAUAAAACACAUUGCUUGGUAAUGAAGUGUUUAAAGAGGUACCUGGCCUCCUUUGGGAAUUACUCAUAGAUACCUGCUUUUAUUUAGUUUUACAAACAGGAGUUUAAGUGCAAUUGUAGAUAGAACAAAAUUGCACAAAUUGUGUUUUUUUUUUCUUUCUUAUUGAAUGCUACAAUGUCUCUUCUUCUUAAGUGUCCGUUCAUCAUUUGCCACAAUUUAAUAUUUUUGGAUAAACUUUUAAAUUGUUAUUAUUAUGUUGUUGUUUUUUUCAAAUGAUCAGAAAAUAUAUCAUAUCAAAAUUAAAAAUUAAAAAAAAAAUUUAAACAUUUUUUCAAAAUUUUCAAUCACUUUAAAAGUUCAUCCCAAAAUAUUAUAUAGUUUGAAAAGUUUAUCCAAAAAAUAUUGAAUUGAAGACUAAAUUUUAUUGAAGCACUUACUGUUUGGAGUGGUACAGUAGUGGUAGGUCACACUUACCUCUGCAGUAGGUCCAUGUUAAGAUGCUAAGGGUUUAAUCUCUGUAUGUGCAGCGUCUCAGAACAAAAUGCUCCAGGCACCAUAACCACUUAAGUUUAAAAUUAAUGUGGUUAAAUUGUUCAUGGUGAUUUGAGUAACCAUUAAAAAAAAUAUAAGAUGCAUUCAAAACAGAUUAGAUAGGGUGAUUAGGACAGUGCUCAUAGCCUACUUGCACCAUAACCACUACCACGACUAGUGGUUAUACAACAUAGACAGCCCUGUUAACUUGUGUGCUCUGCAUUAGCUACCACAGUAAGUUUUGAUUAAAAGGAAGGACACUGUAUAAUAUACUAAAUAUAUAAACUUAUACAAAAUGUAUACAGAAUAAAAUAAAUGUGCAGCACAAAAAAAAGUCAAAGGAACAUCAAACACUGAAAAGGGUAGCUGGGGGGCAAUGUCCAAAGUAUCAGUUUCCAUGUUUGUUUUGCUAUUUCCACAUCUUUCCCAAAUAUAUUUUGUCAACUACUGGAGGCAUUAAGCCCUUAGUUAGUAAGAAAAUUUGAGUAAGCAAUGUGUAUUUAAAAUCCAGGAUAAAUAACUCGCAUGCUGUGACUGUACCCAUCUUACCAUAUCACCAAGAGGACCCUUCUGUCACGAUCUUGGCAGCCUCUUUUGCCUUACAUUAAAACAGUCUUGUCCAUUAAUUAACUUGGAAGUUUGUUCACAGAAUGAAAAUCAUCCUAAAUUUAAAUUGUGAUCGCAAAUUAUAGCUUGGUUAAAAAUGCUUAAUUCAUCUCCACAAAUAACAAUGCUAAAACUAUAGAUUUAUUAAUUAGAAAAACAAUCUAUCAAAUGACGUCAUAUUUCUUUAUUAUAUGAUAUUACAUUGUCUAAGUUAAACAAAUAAAACUGUCUUAUUAAAUGCAUGUACACAAUGUAGGCAUAAUUAAAUUAAAUAACUCAAUGAUAAUUAGAGAAAUACAGUAAAGUCAGGAAACGUGUUUAGAAUUUUUCGGGCAGACCAAAAGUAGUUUCUUAUUCACACCCUUUAUUGUUAUAUUAGAGUAAACCUGUCAAAAUGGCAUUUAAAUCAGCCCAUCACUGGAUUUUAUAAGGAAGCAAAUUCUUUAGAAAAAUUAUAUGAUGUACGGUUUUGUUUAGUGAGUAAUGCACUGCUGCAUAUAAUCCCAUUCACAAACCAGUUAUUUUCAUAAAAUAAUAGCAUAACAUUUACUGAAACAUGGAAUGCCUAGCUAGUAUGCUAACAAAGAAUAAAAUAUAUCAAAAUAGUACAGACAGAGGACAUUCUAGGUUCUAGAAACACCUUGAACCUGAGUCCAAAGAAAAACUCAAUGUCCCCAAUACUAACAGAGAGCUGAGGAUAUUAUGAUUAAUCCCCACCUUCUGUGUUAUAUCCUCUCUUCUCUACCCAUGAACAAAGUGGAUUUUAUUGAACGAUAGGCAAGAGCAAGCACAUGCCACACAGUCAGGUAUUCAAUGUGACCCCCCCACCCCACUCUACCUAACUAACAGAGGGGGUUGCGGUAAUGUUCUAUUCCCCAACACCCACCAACAAUCAUCUGAAGGGAGCAGUGGUGUAUUUUUAAUUUAUGCUGCCUUAGGCAUGACUAACCUCGGGCACCCCUCUAAUCUAAAUUUGCCCCACCAGUUCCUGUCAAGGCCGCAUCUCAAAACCGACACGCUGUUUUUUGACUGACAGACACACGCCAUUAUUGAUACGUGCACUGACAUACACUCACUGACAGAUACACAUACACUGACAUACACUCACUGACAGAUACACAGCCAUUAGCACACGGACUGUUUAACCAACACACACCUUUACUGACAGACACACACUGGCAGGCACACACUCUCAGAUACAUAAACACUGACAUACACUCACUGACACACACACACUGACACAUAUUAUCACUAAUUUGUCACACAUACACACAAACAGCCACACACACACUAACUAACAGUAAUAGACCUGCUCACUCGGCAGACUAGAUGGGCCGAAUGGUUCUUAUCUGUUUCUAUGUUUCACUCACAGACUCACACCUACUCAUUGACAGACAUACACACACCCAAUGACAGUCACACACACACUCACUGACACACACACACAUUCCCUGACAGACAGACACACACACACACACACACACUGACAGACACACACAGACUGACAGACACACACACACUCACUGACAAACACUCACACACACACACAUUUUCUCAUACAAUCACCAAUUAUUAUAUUCAUAUUUUUUUUCAAAUCCACACAGCCUCCCUUCCUUUGGGAGUGCUGGAUUGGAUCCUGUCCCUGGGGUCCAUUGUGGCUUCUGGAUGGGCUGCUAGCCGGAUCUAGGCUGCUCCUGGCCCCCUUCCUGGACUCCUGGUCUUCUGGCUGGGCUCCUUGCCUUCCUGCUGUCUUCUUGGUUGUUCUCCUUGCCUCUCUGCUGGCCUUCUUGCUGGGCUCCUUGGGGAUAGGGGAGUCAGGCAAGGGGGCGAGGGUGCUGUAAUCUUGCUCUGCUCCCUCGUCCACCACUUUUUGACUCUGCAGGGAGCACAAGGGAGCAAAACAAGAAGAGCUCAGAGGACACUGCUCCCUCACUGCCUAGCUAGAAGGUGAACAGCUGAAUGCCUUGGGGGGACCUAAGAUGGCCAGCUCUUGGAUCCCCAGGACACAAGGCUAACAAGGCACCUGCCAGGGGCUUGGUGACGGCGUUUUUUUCCGCUCCCUGAAAGUUCUGCCCAAGGCAAAUGCCUUGUUAACCUUGUGGUAAAUACAUCACUGUUGUGGAGCAUUGUUGUUUUUUUAAAGGCAGCCUGACAAGACAUUGUCUGAUUUCAAUUGAGAAAUAAAAAAACACUAGUAUCAUUCUGCCCCUCCACCAACUGUAGAGUGCUAAAGAGCUACACAUUCCUGGCUUCAGGUCCCAACCUUGCCCCCAUCAACACAUGUGAGUGCAGUCCAAGAAUAGAAAUGUAAUUGUAUAAAUAUACAUCAUUUGAAGUUUUUCCAUUUAUUCCUUAUAUUGCAAUAUUCUGGAGCGGGUCUGAAAUAUUAGCCUUUUAGCAGAAAAACUUUUCUUUUCACAAACAGGAAGUAGGGAAAAAAACAGCUAAAUAAAAUAUAAUAGAUAGCUAAUAGAUAUAUGCACCUUGAUAUAAUUUUAUUGAGAAAUGUAGAUUUUUAAACAAACCACCAGUAUGUUAAAAAUGUAUCACAAACAGUAAGUACAGUUACAGCAAGUAUCUUUACUAUACAGGUUUACUGCAGCUUUUAACAAAUCCUUGAAGUGUCCUCCAGUCACCCCAGCUAGUAGAUUGAAGCCCUUUCUGACACACAAAUACAUUUUUGGUGGUCAGAAAGUACAGAGGCAUCCCAAAGGACAGAAUGGUGUCAUUGUAGAGUAGUUUGUACUUUGCAAGGUUAAUAUGGGCAUAGAACACGCAACAGAAUGUUAUUUGGGGCAUUUUGGGGGAGGAGGGGCGCUACAUUUGAUUUUAAAAUAACUUUUAGUUUGCACUAUGAAUAUAAGUAAACGUAUCCACAGAGUUGUGUGAGAUGGGGUUAAAAAGUGACUUCUGAACCUACUAUCAGAAAGCAAGCCAAAAAAUGGUUUGUACCUUUUGAAAGCAAAUUGCCUUUACAUUGCUGUAUAAUAUCACCAUAAUCUGUAAGACCCAUUCUUUAGUCCAUUGAUAAAUGUUACUGUAUCAAGGUAUCUACAACUAUUGAUGAAUUCCUCAUGUUUAUCGUUUUAAAGACUUAUAAUUUUAUUUAGCACUUCUGUGUUUUUAUUAGCCUCAUCGUUUCAUGAUUAAUGAGCAGAAUUUUAGGAUUAUAGAGAAUCCAUUUUAUAUUGGAUUAUGUUGAAAAAUAAAGACCCAUUUUGCAUUUUCUUGCAAACAAUUUUAACUCUAACUCUUGUUUGAGUGCAAAUGAGGAUAUUUGAUUAGGUCCUAAAAGAACCGAAACACUAACUGCAAUUUUGGAUUUGCUAGAUAGUAAUUUUUGCAAAGGGCUUUUUAAGACCAAUAUUUUGUGGUCUUAGCUUAGCUUAUUUGCAAUUAUCCCAAGUAGUUACACCAUAAGUAAGCAUGAAAAUUUUUUUUUUACAUUUCCUGAGUCCAUGUUUGAAUCCUUAUAUUAUAAAUAUGUAAUUAUUUCUCUAACUUACAGGAGAUUUGGAUGAAGCUCACUGGCCGAAAAAAUAUCCCCUCUGUGCCUCAACACAGCAGUCACCAAUAGAUAUUCAGAGAAAGAAAGUGGAAUUUAAUCCAGGCCUAACACACCUGGAACUUUCAGGCUUUGAUGGACCCUUACGGGGCAAUUUCACCAUGACAAACAACGGGCAUUCGGGUAACUGUAGAAUGUCAAUUAGUUUAAUAUUUAUAUAUAUUUUUUAACUAAAACAGGAAAAGAAGGUGUAGCGCCUAAAGUGUUUUUUAGGGAACAUAGUCAAUGAUAAAUAAGGUAAAAAACCCAAAAAGGACUGAUAGUGUAGUAAGUUAAGAACGUCUUGAUAAAAUAAGGCAGAAUAAAAACACUCACACUUUCAGGGAGCUUAAAUACAGCUCUGAGCUCUGACUCUGGAAUGCUCCCCGUCUAUGAAUAUAUUGAGGUACAGAUUCUUCAAGUUUUCCUUACAUUGAUGGGUAUCAUAUUAUGGAGCCUAAGUAUUAGCUCUAGAAGUAAUGCGUGAAGUGGUAUGACCCCCACUCUAGGAUAUAGGUGAUAUGGAUAUUCCUCCAUGUAUAUAUAAAAGAGAAAUAAAAAGCCACAAUAGUGCGUACCAUAAAAUAGAGUGUAAAGCACAGUAAAAAUAAUAAAAACCUAUUCACGUGCUUCAGAACAAAAUGAGGUUUGCUCAAUCCAGUUGGCUUGGGUGGUAUUUUCCGCACCAAGGAUAUAUAGCUCAGGAUAAGCAGCAGACAAUCAGGCCCAAUAGAACAGUAUUUUUAUUGUUAAAAAAACAAUAAAAUCAAAGAUAAAAGGUAAAAUAAUGAUAUAAAACAGUAUAAUGGUACACUUAAUGAGUUUCUCUUUGGAUAGACUUUAUCAAAAGUGUUUCUUGACACUUUACUGCCUUUACAAGAACCAGCUCACCAAAGGUUGUUUUGAAAUAAGGUUUAGUGGUCUAGCCUCUAGAUUGCAGUGUAGGGAAUAUAAAAUAAUACUCUAUUUGUAUUUUAAAUACCCAGCAACUCAGCAGAGUUCCUUAGAGGUUGUCUGAGAUUAGGCCGCAGAACCCAAUUGGUCGGGUGACUCUGGGUAUUUGACUAGUUAGAGGGAGCAGAGUAAUCUCUGCUUUACUUCAUCGAGUUGGCUUCUUCUGCUGCCUUGUUGUUCCUCAGUCAAGAUCAGCAAGGAGUGAUGUCCUAGUUACUGGGCAAGUGGAUGUACACAAAGCUUUGUCUAAACAUUACAGUGUGUCAGGUUCUGUAACCCACCAUGCCACAAGAAGUAUGGAGUUGUGCAAUCAUAGCGACCACAAUUUGAAAUCAGUGAUAAUUGUUCCAAUCCUCUUAAACUAGAGAAGAAAUGGUACUGGAGCAUUGCUCUAUUCAGUUGUAGAUACCAAAAUGGAACCUCCAGAUUAUAAGUAACGGUUUAGUAAAAUACAUUUGUAACUACUGUGGAGAGUAAAACGAUGCUAUAAAAACAUGCUAUGAAACUUAACAUGUAUGCCUUAUACUGAAAUAGAAUAAUUGCUUCUUGAAUGUUAAAUUUUACAUUUUGUGUUAUCGUAUCCAGUGCAAAUAGAUCUUCCAUCCACAAUGAAAAUCAACAAAGGGUUUUCUAACACUUACACUGCGGUUCAAAUGCAUUUGCAUUGGGGGGGUCUUGACCUGGAAACAAGUGGUUCUGAACACACCAUUGAUGGAAUGAGGUACAUUGCAGAGGUAAAUAUUGCUACUCAUCAUUUUUCUGAAUAUCGUUAAUAAACCUCCCUAUUUGUAACUCAUUCAUCUUUGUCUUUACAGUUGCACGUUGUCCAUUAUAACUCGGAUUUAUACAAGAGUUUUGAUGAGGCUAAAGACAAACCAAAUGGACUAGCUGUACUCGCUUUCCUUUACACAGUAAGUGAACUUGACUUUGAGUGGGAAUGUGGCACAGUAAUGGGACCGGAUUUAAAUUUCACAGAAAACACACAGAAAGCUAGUUUGAGGUCCAUUUUCUAUAGUGCUGAGAGAGAUACAGUUAUGACUAAAUGGCAGUCCUGGAUAUGCGUCAGGAGUUACUCUUGUUCUUUAACCAGUUCAGCCUUAACCAGGGAUACAAACUUCAAGUUGCAGACUACCAGCCUAGCCUAAAAGUUAAUAUUCUUUCUGCAAGCCUGGAAGGUAAAUGGCCAGCUAACCAGGGACGAAUUUCUACUUGCCAGAGCUGAAUUUUUAUUUGCCAGUGGCUAGUGGGCAAGUGGAAAUUUUGAACCCCGCCCUGGCUAUAAUACAUUUAAAGUCUACUUUUAAUUGCAUGUAUAAAGGGCUGUAUGUUGUGUUUUGUAAGUAGAGGGACCAAAUAUGUAUUUUAGCCCAUGGUACAUACAUCCUUAAGUUACUCUGGUGGGGGCCAGGAUGUUCUUCAUUACAAGCUUGAUUUCCAAUGUAAAUGAUAGGAAAGAUGCACAUUGAAUAAAAAGCUGAGAUUAGGGGUUCUUGACUGGAAAUCUCUUUAAUGAGUUACUAACCCCUUAAGGAUGGAGGCAAUUAUAAAAAUUCUGAACCAAAACAAAACCUGGAAUUUGACCUAUAUGUCUGUUCAACCAUAAUUUACCUCUUUUAUAUUAAGUGCAGGCCUUUCCCCUUUUCAGUUUAUACACACUGAACUUUGCCAGAUUGGUUUGCUGGGCCUAUGAUGCCUUUAGUAUGGUAUGGCAGCCCAGGAAUUAAAAUUACCGCCAUCGUUGUAUACCAUUUGCAAAAGUAGACAACGCAGGGUAUUCAUGUGUGACGGAGCGCCGUCACUGAGUGCCAUACCCACUCCUGCCCACUUGCUUGUUCGUGUGUGUUUUUUCCCUAGUAUUGUGUGUUUCCCUUUGUUCCCCUUAUAUUUCGUAUCAUAUGCCCUGUUUACCGUUCGGAUGCAACCUGUUCGUCUCCUGAACAAGGACUACCCGUUUCGUAUAGGCAAACGCCACUCAAGGGGGAGCAUUCUUUUCCUGAAAGGAGACUCUUCCCUUGCCCUGUGUUCGCACUGGAGCCGGGAAAUGUGCUGGUGUGAGGUUUCUGAGGUUGGUGGGGACACUUUAAUGGGGCUGGCUAUGUUGGCCAGGAGCCUAGAUCCCUUCUCAUGUCGGGGAUUGCCCUACCUGCUCCUAAAGGAGCCAAAAUCACUAUUCCUCUACCCGAGAGCUGCUAGGCUAGGCUUGUAGCUGCCCAGAGAUCGCUCCCUCCGGUGCUACCUAGGUAGAGGCAUCCACCUGAGCGAGAAGCGAGCCCCAGCGGGACCCCUGGAGCUGUGAGUCGACUUCACGUCUGCAGAGUCCCGCUGGCUGCCUGGAAGUCUGUGAUGACCAAUAGGAGAAGGAGCUCCCAUUCAAACUGAUAGGCUGUCACAAGGGAGUGCUGAUUGAUACAAAAAGAUAGAAAUGCAUCCAAAAUAAAAAAUGGAGAAAUGUGUACAAAGUAAAAAAUGUAUUUAUUACUUACACAUAAGUUGGAAUCAAUCAGCAUAAAAUAUCAAAAAUAUCAGGACAGACAGUUUUUGAUAUUUUAAGCUGAUUUUUUACUUUGUACACAUUUCUCCAUUUUUUAUUUUGGAUGCAUUUCUAUCUUUUUGUAUCAUUGAGACCUGGAAGUCCAUAUAUUGAAGCAAGAACAUUGCCUGAGAGCUACAUGGAUUUUUGAUACGCCUAAUCUAUUGAGUCAAAGUGUGAGUGAUCCAUUUGGCAAAUAUACAUACUGUUGAAGUUGCAUACGGAGUUGCACUAUGUUAUUUUUUGUCCCCUUAUAGUUGGAUUGACCUAUUUGUGUAUUUACACUUUGUAUCAGCCAGAAAAUGUACAGAAUAUAUCUGCAGUGUCAUUCCGUUUAGUAGUAUAAUUACUGGUAACAGAUAUCAGUUUAGAGCAUGGGUCAUCAACUUGGACUCUACACCCACUAGUGGGCAUUUCAGGAUUCCAGGUGGGCGGUAGGGAUUUCCUCGUUUUGAGAGACUGGGUGGGCGGGUGCGAACCGGUGUUACCCUUGCGACCGGGUACCGCCGUCACCAUUUUGCAGCCCGGCCCGCGAGGCAAACCGCCGGGGCCGCCGUCCACCGGGUCCAUCGGGUGGCCCAUGCUGUAUGUAUGUGUGUCUUUUGUAUGUGUCUUUGUAUGUAUGUCUUGUGUGUGUGUGUGUGUGUCUGUAUGUAUGUGUUUAUGUAUGUGUGUCUUGUCUUUGUAUGUGUUGUGUGUGUCUUGUCUUUGUAUGUAUAUGUGUCUUGUGUCUGUAUGUGUGUGUGUCUUGUGUCUGUAUGUGUGUGUGUCUUUGUAUGUAUGUCUUGUGUGUGUUUGUGUCUGUCUGUAUGUGUGUAUGUAUGUGUGUCUUGUCUUUGUAUGUGUUGUGUGUGUCUUGUCUUUGUAUGUAUAUGUGUCUUAUGUAUGUGUCUUUGUAUAUAUGUGUGUCUUGUUUUUGUAUGUAUGUCUUAUGUGUAUUUAUGUGUGCAUGUCUGUGUGUGUCUGUAUGUGUGCAUGUCUGUUUGUAUGUAUGUGUCUUUUGUGUGUGUGUGUGUAUGUGUUUUCCUUGUCUGUGUGUCUGUAUGUAUGUGUGUGCCUGUCUGUUUGUAUGUAUGUGUCUUUGUAUGUGUGUGUCUGUAUGUGUGCCUGUCUGUUUGUCUGUAUGUAUGUGUCUUUUGUCUGUGUGUGUGUGUAUGUGUGCCUGCCUGUGUCUGUAUGUAUGUGUGUGCCUGUCUGUUUGUAUGUAUGUGUGUGCCUGUCUGUUUGUGUGUCUUGUGUGUGUGUGUCUGUAUGUAUGUGUGCCUGUCUGUUAUAGUGGGCUAUAGUAAGUAAUAGUAAGUGGGCUACCUAGCUCAGCCUUCCUACUGGGCAUUGCUACAAGGAAGGUUAAAAAAAUAGAAAGAAGGGGAAAAAAGGUGGGGAGGGGAAUUGAGGAGGAAGAGGAGGGGAGCUGACGCACAGAUGAGAAAUAAUAUUAUGCGCAAACAGAGAAGUCGUCUGAAUAUCACCGAAAGAGGAGACCUUUGUUUGUUCCUUACGAAAAUUGAACCAGAUAUCAAAUAAUUAGUCUCGCAGCAUCAACCUCAAGGAUCUCAUUAAUCACUAGUAAAGGUAAUUUCAAUUUACUUUAUUGUUUUCUCAUUAAACUUUAUAAAGUUAAAAACAUUAUAAACAUGCAUCAAGUAGAAAUAAAAAGAUAAAUGUACGUACAUUUAUUUAUUUUUAAAAACACCCUCCUUUCUAAAAAAUAUUCCGCACUUGCACGAAAACUGGUGGGCGGUAAGGACAUUUUUCCAUUAAGAAAGAUGCAUUAGUGGGCGGUAGGUAGAAAAAGGUUGAUUGACUACCACUGAUUUAGAGCUUUUGUGAUUUUCGUGACGUAAUAACUAAUAUCUAUGUUUUACAGGAUGGAAAUUUUGAAAAUACAUAUUACAGCAAAUUUAUUUCCAGGCUGGGCAAGAUCAAACUCGCAGGUACACAUUCAAUGCUCCACGGCAUGCAAAGCUAUUUAUUCUACUUGCAAAAAUUAAGAUUAUAUUUUUAAAGGAGAACUGGCAUUUCUCUGGAAUGUACAUUGUUUUUUAAAACAUAAAAAUUGUCACUUAGAAGUUAUAUAGACCUUAUUUUCUUCAAAUGCUCAAUUUUAUUUUAAAUUUAUAUGAAAGAUUUAGCAAAUUACAUCAUAAUCCAAUAAAGAUUGAUUAAAGUCAGGGGAAACAUUGCAUAUGAAGAGAAGAAAUAGAACAGUUGUCUAAUUUCUCGUUUGCUGUGUGCUUCCUCUACGUUGAAUGCCAGUUUCAAAGGACAGAGCUUAUAACAAUUACUGAGAGCUAACAUGAAGUAAAAUGGAGGUGUUCUGUUACAUGAUAAAGAGGUGUUAUUAUUCACUCCUCACAAAUACAUAUUCGUUAAAUAUAGGGGAUACGUAAACAUAAUAUGAAACAUCCUUGUAAGUGACUUUUCCCCUUUAAUUCCUUAAAGGAGUUUAUGGAAUGGGGGUCAAAGAAUUGGAUAUUCCCCUGUUUUGUAUACACUAGGAGGAAUUGUAUAUAACCAGUAAUGGGAAGCCUAAAAAACAAGAAUUAACACACAAAUCUGAAAAGUUCAAGAGAUUAUAAAUAUGAAUCUGUGAAUUUGCUGUUUUUUUUUAUUUGGGGCGAGAGGAAGGGGUUUGGCACUUUCGGCAUCUAUAGAUCCUGUAUUCUUUGUGAGGCAGAGUAUUUGAAUCGAGAGUUAUAGAAAGUCUUUGUCGAUGUCAGUAACUCACAGUAAUCUUGGGAACAUCGGUACAUUUUUAAGAUGAGCUGCCUGGCACUGCACGUUCUUUAGAAGGUUAGUUAUUGUUUUAACGCAUGGUAUGUGGCCAUUUAAUAAAAAAAUUUGAAAACAUUAUCUGCUGAUAACAAACUAUGGAAGGGUUCUUCACGUGAAGAUACUUUAACUCUUCGUAAACAAAUGCCAUAGUGCUUGACAUGCAGAAAGAGUAGUCAACUCGAUACUAUUCGAAUUCAUAUUAUCUGUGAUAAAAGUAAUGUAGAACAUCAACUGCGACAUUGUUGCUGUCUAAUAAACAUCAGCCAAUGACAUUACUAUUUGGGUUUUUUAUGACACCAAAAAUGAUAACUUUGCUAACUUCUAAAACAAUAAAAAAAAUAACGUGGAUAGAAGAUCCAAUAUCUAAAUUUAAUUAUAUGUAAAAAGUGCUACCAAAAUUGACAUUAAAUUAGACAUUCUUUUCACAUGAUAAAUAUACAUAUAUCUUUAUUUUUAUUCUGUUUGCAACACAGGACAGAAGACUGAAUUGCAUUCUAUUGAUGUAAAUGCCAUGUUACCUGAUAACUUGGAUCAUUUCUAUCGUUACGCUGGAUCUCUUACUACUCCCCCCUGCACAGAGAAUGUGCUAUGGACGAUCUUUGAUACCCCAGUCCUUCUUUCUCAUGUACAGGUAAUUACUUAUACCAUGCCUUCAGAUUUGUAUUCCUAGCACUAUGCUAUCCCUUUAACUUUAAGUAACAAAACCCAGGAUAUUUCUUUAUCAUAAAAUUAUGCAUUAUUUUAUUAUUUGCCAAUCAUAGCACAAUAAUAAUAAUUUGUGUUUCAUAAAUAAGGAAAAGCUAUUAAAAAUCAAUAUUUUUUUACAGAUAAAACUAUUGGAGAACAGUUUAUUGGACUGGGAGAACAAUACAAUUCGUAAUGACUACCGCCAAGCUCAGCCGCUGAAUAACCGCGUUGUGCAAGCGUCCUUCAAGCCACAACUGUCCAAAGGUGAGAGCCCAAGCUCAAGAUAGCAACAUAUAUCAAUGUAGAAGAGAAUGGAAGCAUGGUCUUUGGGAGCACAGCUGUUACAAAAACCAGAUAUCAUAAAAUAAUCUAUGCGUACUAACAUAGGUGUAGCCACUCACCAUAUGGAAGUUAGCAUUAGCUCGUAUGAAUAGGGCUAGACACAAAGUCAUUGUCAUUAAAGGGUGGAUUAACAGCAGGAAAGUAAGAUUAAGGUAUACAGAAAAAAAGAUAGGAAACAAUUGAAAUCAUGUAAGGUCAGCUCUAACUUUAAAAAGACUUCCAAUACUAAGCAAAAUAAAAAAUAAUUAUUAAAGACCAAAGAAAAAAGUUACUUGCGCACUAUUCCAAAUCCAUAGGCAUAUUUAAAUAACUGAACGCUUUUUAGUAUGACUACAAUGGCCAUUUAAGUGUAAGCUCACCUGCCACGUCAAGGCAAAAGCUCUCAGUUAGUCUACGCCAGGCUUCCCCAAACUCAGGCCCUCCAGAUGUUGCUGAACUACAACUCCCAUGAUUCUAUGAAUGAAAUAGAUCGGCUGAGAAUUAUGGGAGUUGUAGUUCAGCAACAUCUGGAGGGCCGGAGUUUGGGGAAGCCUGGUCUACGCUAUCAAUUCACCUUGCUAUUUUAAGCCGAAUGGUAAAAUCUCGAAUGAGAUAGAGAGGGGAAUUUUUCUACACCCCUUCACACUUAUUAACCAUUAAUAGUGAACACAUGGGGUGGGGGCCGGCAGCACUGACGUGGCUGUGUAAUAAACACAAACAUACAAAAUUAAGUUCUGUAGUCAAACUCCUGGGAGGCAGCAAUAACUAUAAUACACACCAGCUCCAAUAUAUUAAAUAAAAAAACAAGGGAAAAAAUGAUUAUUGCAUAGUUUACUGAUAUUGGGUUGAUUUCAUACUAGUCGCAGUCACUUAGCAACUCGUGAAUUACUGCUGCUACAGCUGUGAACGUCAUUAGAGAUUACCAUGCUUUACAAAAUGACGUGUAACGAUUUGUAAUGAUCAGUUUUCGACACUUUUAAAAUCUCCCAUCGAGAUUAGUGGGAGUUACUAAAUGCUAUAUUACACCUGGUUUGUGUGCUAGAUGAUAAAAAUUAACAAAUGUUGCUAUCUGACUCAAAAUUACUCUUGCCUCAUCUAGGUGUGACAAGGAUACGGCUAAUUAAUGACUGGAAAAUGUCAAUACAUCCUAUAAAAUAAAGACAUUUAUUAUACUGUAUAUAUUUAAGUACAUUUAAGAAUUAAAGCCUCUCUAUAAGAAACAUGUACGUAGUUUUCAAUAAAGAGCUCUGAAAUUUGUUGUGUCAGCUGUUUGGAAACACGAGGAGCAACUCACUCAGCUGAAUGCAGGUGAAGAGUGCUUGACCUGAGUGUGUUUUUGUUUUGUUUUUUAAGUAUUUUAUUUGGAAAAUAUUCGGAAAAUGUGCUUUUCUCUUGAUAUAUGACCAGUGAGCAAAGUGGUGGUUUUGUAUCCUGUAUCAGGUGAAUCAGAUGCAAAUAGUGCGAAAACAUUAGACACAAGGAUGGACCGAGUAAGCUCUCGUGCAGGGGAUAAUGUCCAAAGUUGGAAAGCUUGUUAUGCUAACGUAAAGUAUGAACAACAGGUUCAGCAUUGUUGUGGAGGACAGAAAGUCUACGAAUGCUGGACAAAGCGAAAUAAAUGACAAACUAUUUGUAAACGGUUUGACAGGUUAGCCUAAGACAGCUCCAAGGGACUCCUACUACAAGUUAUGGUGCAUCGAGUGUCCCUUAAAUAUCAAAGCAGAAACAUUACGUCAGAGCUAGGCUGUUGUCCUCAAACGGCUUCUCAGCUUGAAACUUUCGCCUUCCAGUUUUGCCAGUUGUGAAGGGGGCAGAGCCUAACGGGAGGAGUGGGACCUAACACGAUUAAAUUAAUGCCAAUGUUCGAAAAAUUGCCAACAGAGUUGUACUGACCUCUACCUGGCGACUUGGCUGUCAAGUAAUCACAAGCAAAUAUUUAAUGAUUUAAUGAUUCAAUCACAUGGUGUUAAAUGUUAUAAUAAAAUAAUUUUGUCUCUUUUCAGAUAAGUGUCAGACACAACUUACUGACAAACUGAGUCAAAUUGAGAUUGAUAUCAUAGAAAUGAGGAAGCGGGUGGAAAGUGGGAAUACAAAAUUAGCAGGUAAUAAAACACAGGUUUUUUUGUUUGCUUUUUGUUUUUUAAAUGUAUCUGCUACCUUAACUUUUGAUAUAUGAGGUCAUACAUAUGCCAAAAUGAUCUGUGUUUUAAUCAAAGUCACUUUUCAUUCUUAAAAGAUGUCAUAGUGCAGGGAUAGGCAACCUUCGGCACUCCAGAUGUUGUGGACUACAUCCCCCAUAAUGCUCUUACACCCAUAAUGCUGGCAAAGCAUCAUGGGGGGUGUAGUCCAAAACAUCUGGAGUGCCGAAGGUUGCCUAUGACUGUCAUAGUGGAUAGUCUAUGUUAUAUCUCUUUUGGGAAAAUUUUUGUGGGCAAGUGAGUCUGAAAUGUUUACUUGCCUCAUCUUACAAAGGCAACAAACAGUAGGUUGAAUGGCUCCAAAGAUUGAUUGGUAUAUUCAAUUUGGAUAUGCAAUUACCAAAGAGUUAACGCAACAUGAAUUGGAGAGCCUAAAUAAUCAGAGAUUCCCCUCAAUGUCCCAGAGAUCUGGAGAUGAGCUGGACCCACAAUUGCAGGAUGUUCCUUAGUUUGGUACUGGCUCGUCAAAGAGCAUAGACUGUUCUGAACAUAAAGACUAAAUUGCUUUUCAUGGUAAUUUUUUUUAUUUAUGGCUCUAUAUACACCAUGUGUACCAUUUUUGUCUUGCUCUGCUUUUUGGUGUUCAUGCUGUGUUUGUCAUUGUCCCUUUGCUGUCCUCCUUGUGGCUACUUCUAGUGAUCUUAUAACUAUGCUUACUUUGUAUACACCCUUGAAUCAUGUGCAACAUUUUUCAAACUUUGAUAUUAUUACUCCUCAAGCUGUAGAUGUUCCAUUCAUACUAAACCCUAAUAUAUCUUUCUUUUUUUUAUAUAUAUAUAUAUAUAUAUAUCAUUUUUUUCUUCUUUUCUUUUGUGAUGGUACGUCUUGUAUUUACUACUUCUCUGUGUCCAACAGGCCCCUCAGUGCUCCCAAGCUACCCAUCUUAUGCUUUCACCAAGGAUCAUCCAGCUGCCCAUGUAGAAGUACGUCACUUAAAAUCCAUGCAACUGACCAAAUUUACCCUCUGUGCCUGGGUGAAAACUAAAAAUGCUGGUAACCAGGUAGUGUUCUCCUACUCUACAGAUUAUAGUGACAAUGAACUUGUUUUGAGUGUAGGGGGUGAUAUAGGGUUGUGGGUGGGAGGAAAAUUCCAGGAUUUCUCUCUGCACCACACCUCGGAAGACUGGGUUCAUUACUGUGUGCAAUGGGACUCCAGUACUGGAGCUACUCAUCUGUGGGUAAGUGGCCUGCCUGGAAAACAAAAGACCUUCCAACGUGGACACGGAAUCAAAGCUGGAGGUGUGAUCCUUCUUGGCAAAGACCGUGCCGAUCUCUUGGGAUUGUUCUCCAAUGGAUUUGUUGGAUGGAUGAGCCAUGUCAAUCUAUGGAGCCAUCUACUUAGCGCCGAAGAGAUCAAAUCACUGACCCAAUGUCCAACGAUAAAUCAUAGGGGGGAUAUUGUAGCUUGGGGAGAGACACCUGUUAUAGUGUCUGGAGGAGUCAUGCUUGAACCUGAUAAGAGCUGCUGGUGACCUGAUCCUUCGUACUUUUGAUUUACAAUUUAUUUCUUUUUUCCCUAUUAUUGUCAUGUGCAAUCACUGUAUGUGUCACCAAAAUACCUUCUCUAACUUAAUCUGCAGCAUAAAAUAAAUAAUCCAAUCAGAAUUGUCUAUACAAUAUCUCACUCUAUGUGGGAACCCUGCAAGGUAUAAUUAUAUUAGUCUCUAAUCAAUUUUUGCUGAUUGGGAGGUCAAUUGUCCAGGCUAGUUGACAGUUUUAACCAUUCCACAAAAUGCGUGGUUCUCAAUUGUUUAGCUUCAGGACUGUAGUGAUGACAGACUUUUCUUAUCUUAGUGACAUCUAUGGAGUGAAAUCUGCAAUUUUCCUUGACAUAGAGAUACCACAAAACAUAUCCUUUACCAUGGACAGAGCAACUCACAACUCUACAGCUUGUUACCAUAACAGAAAACAUGGAGUUCUUAGUUCUAGAAUUCUUCGAAAACUAGAAUAGUGAUUCCCAACCUAGUCUUCAAGAUACACCAAUGGUCAAUUGACAGUAGCCCUUCAAGAACAGAACUGGGAUCAGUGGUGUAUCCUGGUUUUGUGCUGCCCUAGGCAGGACAAAACUCAGGCGCCCGCCUCCCCCCGCGCCACCCCCACCCAACCCUUCCCCCCCACCCCACCUUCUAAAUACACACACACACACACAGUCACACACAGUCAGACACAAACACACACACAGUCAGAUACAAACACACACACAGUCAGACACAAACACACACACACACAAACAUACACACAGUCAGACACACACAGUCAGACACAAACACACACACACACAAACAAACACACAGUCAGACACAAACACACAGUCACACACAAACACACAGUCACACACAGUCAGACACAAACACACAGUCAGACACAAACACACACACAGUCAGACACAAACACACACACAGUCAGACACACACACAGACACAAACACACACACACACGCAUUAACUUUUUUUUAAUUCCCCCCCCAAAGCCUCCUUACCUUUUUUGAUAGUGCUGGGGGGGGUCUCUCUCUCUCUCCCUGGUGGUCCAGUGGCUGCCGGUCGGGCUGGGCGGCGCUGGCUGCUGUGCAGACGGCUUGCGAGGGAGCUCUUCCUCUGAGCUGACGUCAUCUUCCGGCUCCCAGCCUCACUCUGCGGCGCGCGAGGGAGCUGAGCAGUCAGCUCAGAGGAAGAGCUCCCUCGCCAGCCGCCCGCACGCCCAGCGCCGCCCGCAUGCCCAGCGCCGCCCGCCCAGUGCCGCCCGCCCGGCAUGUCAGUUAGCCACCAGGCUAACAAGGUAUUUGCCCUGGGCAUUUGGGGGCGGCGUUUUUUGCCGCCCCCUGGAAAAUGCUGCCCAAGGCAAAUGCCUUGUUUGCCUCGCGGCUAAUACGCCCCUGACUGGGAUAUAUCUAAUUACUUGACUGUUGGUGCUUUGAAAGUGUUGGCAACCACUAGACUAGAUGUUGCCCAUCUGUGCCUUAACCCCUUUAGGACACUCAAAGGGUUAUUCACUAACGUGAGAAUGUUUAUGAGUUCUAAGUAAAUUCUAAAUUUAAGGCCAAAAUAGACAAACUGAAAAAAUUCUCCAUGUCAACUAUGCUUCCAGUUCGACUACUUUGGCCUUAAAUCUGAAAUUCUACUGCUAUGAUGUUUAUGACCAUCCACUAUAUGGUUCUAUCACUAUUGAACAUUAGCAGAUAUGUUGACAUUUGUCAGCGUUGGUAAUGUAAUUGUAAUUAUUUAUACCUCAGCUCUAUGCACUUCGAAUGGCAUUAGACAAUGUCAAAAAUCAUGAUCAAUAUUACAAAUAGUUUGAAAACAGAUUGUUUUAACAGAUAUUUUUAAAAAUGGUAAAAACCUCCUAUGUGUAUGUAAACUGGAAAUACUGUGUGUUGUACCAUUGCAUUUUUGAUUAUAUAUCUACACUUUGGUUCCUUUGGAUUUUCACAUCCAUAUAUCCUGACCAAUAAAUGAUUUUAAACGUAAAAUCAAUCUGACUGUGAAUCUCUUGUAGGAUCUCAUCGCAAAAAUAUUGCUUCAAAUAGCUAUGAAACCACACGAGUCUAAAACCUAAUAAAACAGUAUAUAAUUUGCAUGUCAAACCAUCCUAUAAUUAUUUAUUUUUGUUAAAAUGUAUUCCUAUUAAUAUUUUAAAGUGAAAAUUUUCAUAGUGUUUAUACAAUAUGACACACACACAAGAGUGAUAAUUAAAAGAAAGGAAAAGACAAGUUGCAUGUCCUGUUAAAAUAAAAUUACAUUAUUAAAAACAAGCUUUCUGUUCCCGAAUCUACUUUAGACUAUUUGAAAAUGUG